AUGUCUGACUUGGAAAACCAAAGACCUCAAGACCACACCCUCAUCCUUGGCCCCGGAGCUGCUGGUGAGAACUCCGACAAAGUCACCAGAGUCGUCCACGACGAAGACUACAUUGUUUUCGGCAAUGAAAGAUACUUGAAAAAGGAUCUUGCUACCGCUUUCGGUGGUACCCUUAACCCAGGUUUGGCUCCACCUCCAAAGCACAACUUGGCCAACCCAGCUCCUUUGGGAUUGUCUGCCUUCGCCUUGACCACUUUUGUGUUGUCGUUGAUUAAUGCUGAGGCUCGUGGUGUCACUAAGCCAGGUAUCGUUAUUGGUUUGGCAUUCUUCUACGGAGGUGCUGCUCAGUUUGUGGCUGGUAUGUUUGAAAUUGCUGUUGGAAACACUUUUGGUGGUGUUGCUUUGUCUUCUUACGCUGGUUUCUGGUGUUCCUGGGGUGCUUUGCAGGUUGACUCUUUCGGUGUAAAGGCUGCUUACGUGGCUGCAGACAGAGGCGAUGAAUUUGAGUAUGCGGUAGGUAUAUUCUUGGUUGGAUGGUUUAUUUUCACAUUUUUCUUAACGGUGAUGACCUUGAAAUCCACAGUAUCGUUCUUCUUGUUGUUCUUCUUCCUUACUAUCACAUUCUUGCUUUUGGCUAUUGCUGACUUGAAGGGAGGCGAUGUUCCAAUCAAGAAGGCUGGAGGAAUCUUUGGAAUAAUCACUGCGUUUGUUGCUUGGUAUAAUGCCUACGCCGGUAUUGCCAACUCUCAGAACUCGUACCUUCCUGUCAAGGCCAUUCCAUUGCCCGACUUGCAGGCCAAGAGGGACUAG